AUGAAGGUCUUCCCUGAAGCGGACGUUAUCUGGUGGAAUGCGAACUCUUACUACAUUCAAUGUCCAUUUUGCGAAUCAGUCCAUUGCCAUGGCGUUAACUGGAAGGCAAACAAGCUGAGAUAUUCGCAUUGCGAGAGAAUGGAGAGUUACCUCUGCUGCUUCCCCUUGAAUGAUCGAGGCGAGGUUGCGUAUGAAAUUGACAAGAGACGAGGACGAUAUAUCAAUAUUUGCAUUGCCCAUGAUAGGAAUGCCGAGUAUGAAUAUGGGAAUGGCGAUGAUGCCGAUACCGAUGAUACUGGUGAUGAGGAUGAUGAGGAUGAUGAGGAUGUUAAUCGUCUGGCGAUCGAAUUGGCUCAGAAGGCUACAAUCGCGGCACAAAGGGAAAAAACAUAUGCGAGUAUUCAUGAAGAUUCGACAGAACUCGUCAUUGUCAAUCCAGGACACGGGAUUGCGCCAUUUGAGCAGAAGCGUAUUCUUCUGCCAAUCAGCGACUGUGUCAACGGGGAUACAAGAGCGGUGCAAAGAUAUCUAGAAACUUCUCCUGAAGCGACGCUGUUUGUUCGAGGAAGACAUUUUGAUGGUAAAACAAGCCUUAUCAGUGCAGCAGCUGAACAGAAUUCGGAGAUGAUAUCACUUCUCAUCAAACACGGAGCUGAGGUGAAUGCUGUUGACAAUUAUGGAAGGAGUGCUCUCAUGGAGGCAGCGCUUUUUGGCCGGGUUGAUAAUGUAAAGGUUCUCCUAGAACACAAUGCAGACAGAUAUACUAAGGACUGCGAAAAUCGACUUGCCAUUGAUUUUGCUCGAGAACAUCACAGAAAUCGACGAGAGAGAUACGAGCGUGUUGGAGGCGACCUUACAUCUCCAUCCAAUCGACGGCUGGGCUAUGUUGAGGACACAUUCAAAAGGGACAUUGACCGUCAGGAGAUUGUACGGCUCCUCAGCGGAGAGAAUAGGGAGUCAAAGAUUGUUUUUGGGAGCCCUCCCACAUUAUCAUUGUCUAAGUCCUAUUCAUUCACGCCUUCACCAAUGCGAGACUCGCUUGUAUUACACGGGCCGAUCGAAGAGUACCCAAUCACUCGGGUUUUGAAAACGGUGGCGCGGUUAGAACGAGGAGGGAAAUUCCCGUCCAUUGGCGCUAUGAGCGGCUGGUCACAUGGCUCGAUGCAAUCCCUCAGAAUCGAUGGUCAGCAGUGGACGGAUGAUGUGUUUUAUAUCUCGAAAUUAGCGGGGCAUAUCUUGCCUUCACACGCCCAUGAUCGGGGUAAAGAUGGUCGAUACAGUGCAUGCCAUGCAGAAAAGCAGUUGAUAGCAUAUUUCAUCGACCGCCAUGUUUUCCUCCCACGUGAUGGCCUUCCCGACCCGAAACUGGAGGAACAGAUUGAGCGGGUAGAGGAGUCGCACGAGCGGUUUCUUUCAUUCACUGAAAUUGGGCGUCAAGUGAAAUCCCUCAGAGAGAGGAAGGAUGCUCUCGAUCAUGAGCUAUUCGACGGAGACGAAAAGCUCAUCGGAAAACAUGAUAAGAUCAAGGCACUUGAGGUGGAGCUCAAAUCGGUUGAAUCAACCCUAAACGGGCUAAUCGCUACUACCCGUGCCCGACCAUUAUUGAAACUAGAAGCCCGACUGGAGAUACUACAUCAACGACGGGCCAAACAUGCCGAUUUGGUCAAAAUGGCUUAUGCGCCUCCACCAGCUUCCUUAACCGAGGCGGUUAUAUUGAUCAGUUCGCCUCCCUGCCAGGACUGUAUCAUGUUUAAGGACAAAGUUAACAAGCGCUUUGAUCUAUCUAUACAGCUAUUAGCGGCACUCUGA